AUACAUCAUGAUGUUUAGCUCAUACGUUUUAUGUACCAUUAAUUUCUCUUUUGUAUUUACAACGCAGACCCACCCAUCAUUUCUCUUCGACUUCAUGAUAACGUAGAGGCGGUUUCCAGCAUGACCAGUGUCGAAUUCGAAUGUACAGCAGAUGGAAACCCAAAAGUCCUUAACUUUGCUUGGUACCUCAAUCGGUUGACCUUAAACAACAGCACAAGACAUCGUAUUAUCCUUGACAGGCUUCAGAGUAAAACAGUUUCAACUAGUCGCCUUAUCAUUAAUGAUGUUCAACGGAUGCGUUCUGGGAAAUAUCAAUGUCACGUGAUUACUGUUCUUGGUAAUGCCUCUGCGACUCUGAACUUUUCUUAUUGCUUGGCGGAAUUUACAGUGGCACUAGAACCACCGGUUAACUUACCCAUCAUGGGGGAGGAUUUCACAAUGACGUGCAGCUAUUGGCCUCCAUUACCAGGCAGCGUGAUAAAAUGGUCACAUGGCCAAGGGAAUGUCAUUGCUACUUUUGAUCAGGAAAGCUACAAAAUUCGAUAUUCAAUUUUAGAUCAACUAAGGUUCAAGUUGACAGGGGAUAACAACAGCUCUUCCAUUACAAUAAACAAUCUGAAUACUGACGAUAGUGGAAAUUAUACAUGUAUUGUACUGAAUCACAAUGGACGCAAAUCAUCGACUUUGGCAUUAGAAGUAUUAUGUCCAGCUCCACCUAGUGACGUAAUCAUCAGCGAUAUUCAUGGAGGAUACCAUGAAUACUCUUACGUUACUAUGACGACGGGUGACCAACAAAACAUAACAUGCACAGUUCGAGGGGCACGCCCACCGGCUCUUAUUGAAUGGAGCACCGAUGUUGAACGUAUCCAGGUCAUGGAUCAAAUCAAUGUUGUGAAAAGCCAGAGCUACGUAUCUCACAGGGUAGCAACCAUCACCCCUUUUCCAUUGGAAACUGAAAUGUGCUCCAAGCAACACUGUCCAUCUUUCGGAAAGGUAGCUUCGGGGAAUUCAACGCCUCGAUCGCCAACGAUGACAUCCCUACCAUCGGAGAUAAUAUUCAACUUUCUUGUCUCUACUCGUACCAGCUCAGCCUCUUCCGAAUCGCAUGGAGGAGAGCAGGCAUACAUGUAGAAACACUGGUUUCUGUCGAAUGCUCUAGCAGUGUUCCGGAUUGUGAACGAAGGAAUUCUAACCCCUCAAAGUUCAUAUUUACAUUGGAUAGUCAACAUUUUAACUUGACGAUCAGGGAUUUGACAGUGGAUGAUACCGACACAUACCAGUGCCAGUUCACCGGUAUAGGUUACUUUGAAAUAUCAGCGGUUCAACUUGAAGUGUUUGCAAGAACCCCACCAAGUAGCAUAACCAUUCAUGAUGAUUGGUCUCUGGAGGGGAUAUCAAGACAACUCCUAUGUGACCAUGACGACAGGUCAACCACGUGACGUAACAUGCACAGUACGAGGAGCACGCCCACCUGCUCUUAUUGAAUGGCGCACCGAUGUUGAACGUAUCCAGGUCAUGGAUCAGAUCAAUGUUAUCGAAGCUGAACAGCAGUGGCGGUGGAAGGAAAUGUAGAUCUGUGGUGGUGGUGGUCCUGCUCUUCAACGAUGUGUAAUGGAAGCUCACUGAAGGUCCAAAGUUGUUCAAAGAGUCAUUUUUCAAACGUGACGUCUGGUAGCAGAUCUAGGUUCGAGCGGAGAAGAGACGUAAAAUGCACUGAAUUAUAUCAGAAAAUCGAAUCCAUAAUCAUAAUUGGAAUGAUGAGAUAUAUUUCAUAGGCUGUUACAAAGAAACAGUUGCAGUUUGUGUCAUCAUUAAUAGCCACCUAGAAGAAGAUCAAGAUGGCAGAUGACAUUGGUGAUGAUUCCUACGAUAAUGACCACUCUGAAUAAUACAAAGGAAAUGUGCAUUUGCACGUUCUAUAGCUGUCUGCUGUGUAGUGAUCGCUUAGACAGGGGUUCGAUUUUCUAGUCAUUCUAGAAGGAUCUAGUGUGCUUGACAUCAACAUUCACGAGUCUAGUUUUCUGUAGAAUACAUCCUUCACCCUGUCAUAGUAUAUCCAUACAUUUGUGUAUAUUAACUUUCCAGUUUUAUCGCGUUUGUGAAAGGGUCCGACGGCCUCAAUAAAUGAAACAGAAAAAAUCCACGUGUGCGAUGUAGAUUAAAAUCAAUAUCAGAGGAACAUUAGCUAACGCUCAAUAAGGAAAUACGAAAGACUUAAACGAGAAACCCUCUAGGAAUACUAAUCCUAUUUCAUUAUAAAGAUGUUACGAGCGAUUAAUUAACAUCGUCAUAUUCUCUUGCCGUGUAAUUGCAUUUUUGAUAGGCGUUUGGGUUCUGAAGUCUCAAUGGGAAACUUCAUUCAGUUUCACUACUUGUAUCUUAAUUUGCUUUUUAGACCGCUCAAUAUGUAAUAAGAUUUGACGGUCAUUACAAAACUUUCUGACGAUAAUACCAUCAAUAUCCAUCAGCUAUUCUUUCUAUUGGAUUCUAGCCAUUUAUUUCUUUGCAUAGUUUUGGCAAUACCUGUCGGCGAAAGAUUUUCCGUCAAACAAUCACAAUCGCCAAGCAUAUAUCUCUUACACAAAGAUUCAUUAUACGACUCAUAUCCAUAAUAGAUUGUGAAAGGUGCAGGUCUCUUCUUUGUGUGUGUGAAUCACAAACAACAAAAAUAAAACAGGACAACGCAAUGUAUACGGAAAAGCAGCUUAGGCCUAUAUCAGUCAUAUUUAACUCUUGUAAACUUCUAUACGCUGAAAACGUAACAUGAUAUUGUUCUACAGACCAUGACAAACACAAAGUUUACUGAACAAAAAUCAAAUUCCCAUUUUCUUAGGGGAUUCAUUUUUAACAAUACUAUAUUCCAGGUCAUUAUUAGAGGUAAUGUACAUGUAAGUAUUGUAGCUUUCAAAAGACGGUGAUUUAUUUUUGAAUUCACAUGUUUAAAUACACAUGUAAAGAUGCAGAUCUCUAUAGAAUAUUCAUCAUAAGUUAUUUUCCCCAAAACUGAUUCAUUAGACUACAGUUAUUAUACAGUGUGUCUUAGGAUAACGACACCGAGAAUUAUUGAUGAAUCACCAUAACGUAUUUACAAAUAUGAUAAACAAAUGACCCAUUAUCUCAAAGCUUGGAAUUUCUUUUUUUUCAUAUGAUGUAACCUAAAAUGUACAUGUAUAUGAUUUUUCAUUCACGCAUCAUGGAGCAAAAUCAUUUGAAUAGAUACCAGAACUUGGCAGCAGUAUCUGAUUUUGAAAAGAAAAUUCAUUGUCGAAGGAGCUCAAUAUCUACUCUUUCAUGAUAGCUGUUUCAUGAUAUAUUAAACAGAAAAAAUGUACAAAGAAUUACAAGGUUCUGACCUUUUAAAACAAUGAUUGCAAUUUCAUAAUUUCAUUAGAAAAUGUGUUUUACCGGUUUGCCUACAGUCACUGGC